CACAUACUCCGUUAUCUAUCUCUUCGAUCAUCAUAAGCUAAGCUUAGCUGCACAGAUAACAUAGAGCUUGCUUAUCAUCCAUCUUUCGAAUUUGAAGUCGUCAAUAGCGAGUGACUGAUCACUGCAGCGAGCGCGCCGAGCAAGGUGAUCGGCUGCUAGCAGCAAUGGGGAACAUGGAGGCGACGCCGUUCGCCGUGUCGCCGGAGCUCGGCGACGCGCUGGCCAAGGUGGCGGUGUUCGCGCUGGUCCAGGCGCUGGUCUACCUGAUCCUGCGCAAGUCGUCGGACGUCUUCGCGCCGGGGACGACGACGGCGAGAUCGCUCAGCUUCCGCCCCAUGCGGAGCAUGAGCGUCCGCCGCGUGCUGGCCGCGUUCUCCGACGUCCCCGUCGGCAUCCCGGUGGACGGCGGCGCCGGCGCGCCGGCGCCCCCGCCGCUGGAUAACCCGGGGGCUGAUGACGAGCGUGCGAGCUGGCUCAAGUGAUCCUUCGAUUCGAUGGUUUUCUCGCCGCCGGUACCUUGAUUAAACAAACUUAGCUAUUGAUCGACCUAUCCCUAAGCCUGACUAGUACUAGGAAAUACCCAAAACUAAAAUUUCAUUUCUUACAUGUAAGAAAUCGUAGUGUCUGAGGUAUGAUGUGUAGUCGUGUACGGUGCUAUGAAUGUACAGAUAGUUUGUGUAUGGAGCUCUGUUCUAAUUAAUUGUUUGUGCAUUGAGCUUGAUCAGGAA